GGUGGUGGGCGAGGCCCCCUCGUUGGCGCCAUUUUGGAGUGUCGGCGGUGGCGGGCCCAGUCCCGUGUGUGCGGUCAGCAUGAGCGUGGUGGAGCACGUACGGGAGAUGGCGUCCGCCGGGCUCCACUCCAACGUGCGGCUCCUCAGCGGCCUUCUGCUCACCAUGAGCGGCAAUAACCCGGAGCUGUUUUCACCAUCUCAGAAAUACCAGCUCCUUGUGUAUCAUGCCGACUCUCUCUUCCAUGAUAAGGAGUAUAGGAAUGCUGUGAGUAAGUAUACGAUGGCCUUGCAGCAGAAAAAAGCAUUAAGCAAAACUUCAAAAGUAAGACCUUCAACUGGGAAUGCUGCAACGACUCCCCAGAGCCAGUGUUUACCAUCAGAAAUUGAAGUGAAAUACAAAAUGGCUGAAUGUUAUACAAUGCUGAAGCAAGAUAAAGAUGCCAUUGCUAUUCUUGAUGGAAUUCCUUCCAGACAGAGGACCCCAAAGAUCAAUAUGAUGUUGGCAAAUCUGUACAAGAAAGCAGGUCAGGAACGCUCAUCUGUUACGAGCUACAAGGAAGUACUGAGGCAGUGCCCUUUAGCACUCGAUGCCAUACUAGGCUUGCUCUCACUGUCGGUGAAAGGUGCUGAAGUGGCCUCUAUGACGAUCAACGUGAUUCAGAGUAUUCCUAACUUGGAUUGGCUUUCCGUGUGGAUCAAAGCGUAUGCUUUUGUGCAUACUGGAGACAACACAAGAGCAAUAAAUACCAUUUGCUCUUUAGAGAAGAAGUCAUUGCUGAGGGAUAAUGUGGACUUACUGGGGAGCUUGGCAGACCUGUAUUUCAGAGCUGGAGAUAAUAAAAACUCUAUUCUAAAAUUUGAACAAGCACAAAUGCUGGAUCCUUACCUAAUAAAAGGAAUGGAUGUGUAUGGUUACUUAUUGGCACGUGAAGGUCGAUUAGAGGACGUGGAGAACUUAGGCUGCCGUCUCUUCAAUAUAUCUGAUCAGCAUGCAGAACCCUGGGUGGUAUCGGGGUGUCAUAGUUUCUACAGUAAACGAUACUCUCGUGCCUUAUACUUAGGAGCCAAAGCUAUCCAGCUGAAUAGCAACAGUGUUCAAGCUCUCCUGCUGAAAGGAGCUGCUCUUAGGAACAUGGGCCGAGUCCAGGAAGCAAUUAUACACUUCCGUGAAGCAAUACGUCUUGCACCUUGCAGGCUGGAUUGCUAUGAAGGUCUCAUUGAAUGUUACCUGGCGUCCAACAGUAUUCGUGAAGCCAUGGUUAUGGCAAAUAAUGUGUAUAAAACCCUGGGAGCAAAUGCACAGACGCUCACUCUGUUGGCAACAGUCUGUCUCGAGGACCCAGUCACACAGGAGAAAGCCAAGACGUUACUGGACAAAGCGCUGACACAAAGACCCGAUUACAUUAAAGCUGUGGUAAAGAAAGCAGAACUUCUUAGUAGAGAACAGAAGUACGAAGAUGGAAUUGCUUUGCUGAGGAAUGCACUGGCUAAUCAGAGUGACUGUGUUCUGCACCGAAUACUGGGAGACUUUCUUGUAGCUGUCAAUGAGUACCAGGAAGCAAUGGACCAGUACAGUAUUGCCCUAAGUUUGGAUCCAAAUGAUCAAAAGUCACUGGAAGGAAUGCAGAAAAUGGAAAAAGAGGAAAGUCCAACAGAUGCAACCCAGGAAGAAGAUGUGGAUGAUAUGGAGGGAAGUGGAGAAGAGGGGGACUUGGAAGGCAGUGACAGUGAAGCAGCACAGUGGGCAGAUCAAGAGCAGUGGUUUGGCAUGCAGUGAUGGCCUCAUCCCUCUGCUUGUCUUGGCACUUGAACACACCACCAGGGCCGUUCCUCCUUGAAGAACAGGAACGAUAUUUUUUUGCGGUAACAAAGGAGUUAAGUUCUUUUCUUACAAGACUCUGGAACCAUUUAACAGUUCUAUGCAUCUCAAUACCAUGAAGAUUCUUGAUGCUUCGUAUUUAUUAAGAGUAAGGGACUGACUGAAUUGGAGGUUAUUUGCAACUUUCAUUUCAAAAGAUGCCUGCUAAAACCCAAAGCAUUAGAAUCUGAAGCGUGUCAUAAGCCUGACGAAAACAGCAUCUGAAUUCUGUGCAGGGCUAUUUGUGCUUGGUCUGUUUGUAAAUACAGUGGUUUGUACUCCUUUGUGGAAAAGGUCUUACUCUUGUUUGUGUGCUUCCAUUUGGGCUGAUGCUCCUGUUGCAGCCUGGAGGAGCUGCUUGGGUGUAGCUGAAAGCAGCACUUUUUGCUGUGUUUGAAUUAGUUUGUCUGUUUAUAGGGCAUUACAGGUGCUGCUCAGGAGGAGUUUGGAGCACUCAGAAACUUGGACUUCCAGGACACUUUUGUAGCUGACUGAUUUCUGUGUGUACAGCAUUGAGCCAGUGUUGGAGAAUCACAGUUGCUUCCUCAGUCCUUAUUAAACCCUGUAAUCACUUCCAGACUCAAGAUGAAUGUUCAUUUUGAAAUGCAGUUUUAUUUCAGGAUGCCACUAAAAGGUUUCAGAGCAGUGACUCAAAAGCACUUCCCAUUCUGUGUACAGCACUGACGUUUAAGGUGAUGUAAAAAGAGUUCAUCCCUCUUUGCUUGCGUUCCUGUAGCAAUGUUAAAUUAUGCAAAUACACGUCUUGUCUUGGUUUUUCCA